AUUUCAUCGAGGCGCGCAUAUCGAAACUUCUUCGCGGUGUCUGUUGUGUUGUGUGCGAGUGUGUGUGUGUGUGUAUAAAAAAAAUCGAGUUUAUCUUAGUGAGCGUCGCGACGCUCGAGGAUGGUUUUGGCGCUUGUGUGCUCAUAUAAAUGGUGAUCGGUUCAGGGGCGGCAGCGCACCCCUUUCUCUCCCUCGAACUGUAGAGCGUCAUGUCGGACCAGCACCGCGGCGCUUGGGGCGACGCGAUGUGGUGGCCUGGCGUCGUCGCCGCCGCCGCCCCCGACCAGCAGGUGCAACACCACCAGCAUCUGCUGCAACAGCAGCACAUGGUCCAACAGCAGCAGCAACAACAACAACAGCACAAUCCGACCAGUACUGGCCCUCAGACCACCCACCACCAGCUAUUCUCCUAUAAAAUGGCCAGCAGUUUUCAGAGUCCCGCCACCACCGCCUCCACGACAGUUCGCGCUUCGAAUUACGAUUACAGGCUGGCGGGUGGAAACCCGCCCCCGGGGGCACCACAAACCCCACAAACACAGUGGUGGUAUCCUCCCGCGACUAUGGACAAUGCGAUGCAUGCAAUGCAACAACAAAAUAUACAACAAACGCAACAAAAUUUGCAACAACAGACUAUGACACCUGUACAGACUCCCCCUCCCCCGCAAACAGAAAAUCAGGCUAGACAAGAAGACACGCAGAGGCAACAACAGCAGCAGCAACAACAACAGCAAGAAGCCCAGCAAAGGCAUCAGGAAGCCCAACAGCGGCACCAAGAAGCCCAACAACGGCACCAAGAAGCCCAUCAACGGCAUCAACAAGAGGUGCAUAGACAGCAGGCUGAAGCACAACAGGCUGCUAUCCAACACCACCAUCAAGCAAUAGCUGAAGCUCAAGCUCGGCAACAACAAUUGCAACAGCAACAUCAACAGUUGCAACAACAACAAUUACAACAACAACAGUUGCAACAGCAGCAUCAACAGCAACAGUUACAGCAACAACAGUUGCAACAACAACAAUUACAACAAAACAACCACCAUCAACAACAACAGCAUCAGCAGGUGACGAACGUUCUAGGACAAAACCAGAUCAAAGGGAGGAUGCCGCGCGCAAAAGCCGAUUCCAGGCCCAGGGGCCGUAUGACAGCAUAUGCUUUCUUCGUGCAAACAUGUCGGGAGGAACAUAAGAAGAAACAUCCGGAAGAAAAUGUCGUCUUUGCUGAGUUUUCCAAAAAAUGCGCCGAGAGGUGGAAGACAAUGUUGGAUAAGGAAAAGAAGCGUUUCCACGAGAUGGCCGAGAACGAUAAGAAGCGUUACGACGACGAAAUGAAAAACUACACUCCUCCCAAAGGAGAAAAACAACGUGGCAAGAAACGAAAGCAAAUCAAAGAUCCUAAUGCUCCCAAACGUUCAUUGUCGGCAUUUUUCUGGUUCAGCAACGACGAACGCGCCAAAGUUAAAAGUCAAAAUCCCGAAUAUGGCGUUGGUGAUAUUGCGAAAGAGUUGGGGAGAAGAUGGGCCGAUGCCGAGCCUGAAAUGAAGAGCAAAUACGAGGCUUUGGCUGAUAAGGACAAGGCCCGCUAUGAGAAGGAAAUGACUGCAUACAAGAAGAAGAACAUGCAACAGCAAGCACCGCCGCAACCUGCUCCACAGGCCCUCCCAGUACCUGAUAACGAGGAAGAAAAUGAUGAUGAUGAAGAAAUCGAAGAGGAUGAAGACGAGUAAGCGAAUCGCAGCGGCGAUUCGACAUUUUUUCAUUACCUCGUCAUUAAAAAGUAAUCGCCUUCAUUCCUUAAAUGUACAUAAUGCAUAUUAGCAGUGUCCUCGUGUUCUCAUUUACUAUUAUAAUGAUUAUUUUUUUAAAUUACCUGCGUCUGAGAGAGUACUUACAUGCAAACUGAACUGUAUGAGUGAUCAAAUAGCGAAAGUGCUCCAUUUUCUUUCUCAUAGUCGCCGUGUAAAGUGUUUAUUGUAACUUUUCGUUUUAGAUUUCUGUAAUGCGUUGGUUAAUUAUUAUUACCUCAAUAAGUGACGCAACGGGUUCAAAAUAAAUUCAAUCAGCAGCGACAAACAAUUGGUUUUUCUAUUGACACCCAAUACCACUUACGUACCGAAAAAUCGUUUGUUGGCUGCCCUGUUAAUUUAUUUAUGCUGUAGUUUUUAAGUUGUAAGUAUCUCUAGUAUGAAAUGAAACCACUACCCUGUAAUUAUAAGGCAGAGCAGAAUAUUUUUAUUAUCAUUUGACUUGUUAAUAUAGUUAUGUGUUGAUAACCAAAGUGCAGUGUUGUACGCUGUUUCGACUGCCCCAAAUGUACAUUACAAUGGACAAUAUUAAGACAAGUUUGCGUCCUUUCCGUUUGUUUCUUUGGAAGGCAGUUUUCGUCAUUUUUAAACCUGUUGAUAAUUUCUCAAUUCCCGUCACCCUAACAAAGGGAAUGCAAAAUGUGACGUGAAAUGUUCAAAUAGUUGUAUUAUUUUACUUGUGUUAAGGAAAAUUCAUGGCGGAAUCCAUUAAAUGGAAGCAUUUCACCUCUCAUUAUUAUUAUUGAUAAAUUGCUCUGUGUUAUUUUAGGGAGAGAAAUAGAAAAGUGUUUGUUUUUUAUAUCUAAUAGGAAUAACUAAAAAAAUAAUAAAAUUUUGAUUAAAAAUGUAA